UUCCGGUUAGCUUCGUUAGCUCGUGUGUCUCAGGCCGUGUCCAGGUGUGUUGUGAGUCUGCGCAGCAACAAUGUGUUCCGUUGAGCCUCUGAGAGAGUUUAUCAGAGAGAGACUAACUGCUGCUGCUGAAGAAAUCUUCACCCAGCUGGAAAAAACCAUCGUCCAGUACGAGGAGGAGAUCGACCGGCAGCGGAGGCUGCUGGACCUCAGCUGGAGACCCCGGGUCAGCUUACAGCGAGCAGAACUCCCAGGUUGUGAUGCCUGUGAGGAGAAGGACGUCCAGACGGGUCAGCAGUCUUCAGGCAAACAGACUGACUCCAGUUCGGACCAAGAGAAACCAGACCAAUGGCAGAGGAAGACGGAACAAAGAGACUCUGUUCCCCUUCAGAUGAAAAUUGAACUGGAGGAACCAGAACUUCUGCCGUUAAAAGAGGAAGAUGAUGAGAUCUGGAUCAGUCAGGCUGAAGAGCAGCUGGUUCUGAAUCAGCAGACUGAUUCUCUCAUGAAGGACGGAGAACCAGAACCAGACGGAGACCAGCGCUCGUCUCAGAGCCAUCAUGAAGCUGAGAACCAGAACCAGAACCACGAUAAAGAAAAAAGUAGAAAUGAAGUUUUGAAACCAAAUAAUGGUGAUGAAACCAAACUAAAGAGGCACAGAGUUGAAAAAAGGGCUUUUUGCAAAUUUUGUGGUAAAAGUUUUAACCAGUGUUACUUAUAUGACCACAUAAGAACUCACACAGGUGAGAAACGUUUCUCCUGUAAAACCUGUGGAAAGGGUUUCAUUCAAAGUUAUCAGUGUACUGUUCACAUGAGAACUCACACAGGAGAAAGACCUUACUUGUGUCAGACGUGUGGGAAAAGCUUUAUCCAAAAAAAUAACUUGGUUACUCACAUGAGAAUUCAUUCAGGUGGGGCACACCAUCCAUGUGACAUUUGUGGGAAAGAUUUCUCUCGCAAUGAUCUGUUAGCCUCUCACAUGAGCACACACACAGGAAUUAAACCUUUCUCAUGUCAGACCUGCAAAAAGAGCUUCAGUCGGAAAAUUUAUUUAACUCGUCACCUGAGAACGCACACAGGUGAGAAACCAUUUGAGUGUCAGGUCUGUGGGAAAGCUUUUAUCCAAAAAGAUAAUUUAAUUACUCACACAAGAACUCACACAGGUGAGAAGCCGUACUCUUGUGAGACGUGUGGAAAAAGUUUCAGUGACAGGAGUAAUUUAAAGCAUCACAUGAGGACUCACACAGGGGAGAGGCCUUUCUCAUGUCACAUCUGUGGGAAACGUUUUAUUCAGAAGAACAACGUAGUAACUCACAUGAAGGUUCACACAGGAGAGAAACGCUUCCCCUGUGAGGUCUGUGGUGUGUGUUUCUCUCGCAGUGCUAAUCUGACUCGCCACAUGGCCGCUCACUCAGAGGACAAACCUUUUACGUUUCAGCCGCCGGAAUGAGGCUGCAGCCAUUUCUAACUCCUCACAGCAGACAGAGGAGCAAAUCAUUUCAGCUGGUUACUCUUAAAUGCUUCAGGUUAAAAUGAAGAAACUUUCCUGCUAUGAGAGUAAAACUCCUCUGUUGAACAGCAACAUAUUAAAUUCAUGUACUUUUUAUUUCAGGGCAACAAAAUGAGUGUCUGUCUGGGAUCCUUCACUUUAGGAUAAAAGUCUUUAGAGGAAACAAAUAAAUGAAAAGGCAAACUACAUGAAAUAAAUAUGAAUUCAAUGCAUCAAGUCAUUUGAAACUAAUGAUCAAAGUUGAAUUUGUGUUGGCAGAGAAACGGCGGCCAGGUGUGUUUAGGUCACGUGAUGCAGUGAAGGAUUGUGGGUCGUUAACUGACAGGAACAUGCAGACAUGGACUUUCAGCAGCUUCACUGUUUGGGGAAAAACCCUUUAGAAAAAGGUUUUUUCUUUAAUUGUGUAAGUUUCUGGAUUUAAAAUCCUGUUUGACCAAAUGAGUGACGACGUUCCACUUGAUACUGAAACACAAACACAAUUAAUUUGUUUUCCAUUAAAAUUAUGACGUGAUGAUCGCAGUAUUUUAAUAUGUAAAUAAUAUCAGCACAUUCUGAACUCUAACAAUCAUCAUUUCAGGCUUGAAUCUCUGGCUGCAUGCAGAACAUCAGAUUAUGAUGGUCAGAUUAUGAUGGUCAGAUUAUGUAGCGUCUUAUUCUGAAGGUUUGUUCAUAUGUAGGAUUUCACUGUUUUGCUUGUUUUUUACAAAGUUUUGCUUCUGUUAGUUUCUGAAGUUUCUCAUGUAUCUUUCUGUCACUUUGAGUUCAUGUUUCAUUCAACAGGUUUGUUCUGUAGAGAUUUGGACUCUUUCUGUUUCAGUCGGUUUGAUCUGCAGUUCAGUCUUUGGUUACUCAGGUUAAUGAGUUAACUAGUGUAACCAACUGGUAGGCGGACACUUAGUGAUUAAAGAUGCAGAAUAAAGCAGUAAAGACAAACAAUGAUCAGUGUAUUAAAAUAAAUUAAAGAAGGUAAGUUAAGUUUCAAGUUCGACUCAAAAGCUGCUGAGUCUGAAUUCAACCAUUUCAUCGAGAAUUUUGUCCUUUUAUUUGUCCUGAGUUUCAUAAAAUGUUUUUUUUAAUCAUUUUUAAAUGUAUUUAAAUCGUGUCCCUGGUUCCCACAGCUUGUUUUGUUGGGUUUCUCUCUGAUGAUCUCAGAUUCAAACUGUUGAUGAUUAAAGACAUGAAACCAAAACCAUUUCUGACGUUGAGUCUUCAAAACUGAACUUUGACCUUUUGUUUAAACAGCCAAGACCAAAUGUUUUUGAUUCCAGAUGAAAUAGUUUUGUCUCUUAAUCUGAAUGAAAGAACAGUUUUCAAUGGACACAAGAAGCUUCAGGAAACGUCCUGACGUCUCUUCAUGGUCAGACCUCUGUGUUUGUUUUCAUUAGUUAUUGAUUGAACCAGCAGCUGUUCAUUUGACUCCUUAUCAAAUAUUCAUAUUGAAGCCAGAAGCAGCGAACGGAGCGUCUGAACUCUGGAUCUGUUGUUCAUGACAAUCAGAUGAAACUGAGAUAAAACGUCUUUUCUGUGAGCCUGUUGCUACACCUGACUGCAGGUGGCGCCGAUGGCCUGAAUACACUUUUCUUUAUUAAAUACGUUUUAAUAUUUCCUCGUGUCAGAAACCUGGUGGUGUUUGCUUGUUUCUACACUAAAGUCAGUCUGACCUGA